CUAGCCACGGUCGUUAACAAGGCCAACGUUUAAUAAAAAAAUAACAAAUUGAUAUUCGCUCUUUCGAAACCACAGUUUACUUUAGAUAAGAAAAAUAUGAAGACUGUAUAUCAAAAUGACAAGAGGGAAAUAAAGUGAAGCGCAUAAAACGUAAAAGUAGAUAUAAGCAACUAAUCAAGGAUGAUGGCAACUGAAGUUGAACCUCCAGUUUCUCGUAGAGAAUCCCUGAUUAUAAUCGAAGAUGAAGAAUUUCUAAGAGAUCAUAUAGAAGCGAGAGAUUACACCUCGUAUUUAUAUGUGUUUGAUAUUUUUAACGAAGAAGAGAUGGAAAGUGUUGACGCCAUUCCUGAAUUUUCUAAAAGAAAUGAAAGAUUUCUAAAAAUUCUUUCGGAAAAAGGCAGGAGAGGCUUUCGAGUUUUUAAGAAGGGACUAGCCAAACGUGGCUUUUUAGAUUUAAAAAUAUUGCAUCAGCGUCAAGAAACGGAAGUUGAGCUAAGUAUUGGUCAUACUAUAGUAGAUCGAGCAUGGCGGGAAACCAUAGAACAAAAAGACGAACAACAAAUCUUGAAUCAUUUUGACUAUCUUGUGCGAAAAAUAGAGGCAUCCAACCUGACAAGUUUCCUGGUGACCAAAAAUGUGAUAGAUGGUCAUGAUAUGAACAGUAUAGACACGUUGCCACAACCAUUGAGAAACAAGGAAUUUCUUAGAAUUAUUUGCUGUCGUGGCUCCAGAGCCUUUAUGUGGUUUGUAGAAGGAUUAAGAAUGCGAGGUAAUGGCCGAUUGUGUAAUCUGUUACUUGGCAGACCAAUAACUGCAAGUACUGACCUUCUUCCCUCCGACAGUGACGAUACUGAUACAGAUGACAGUAGUGAUGAUACACUGAUUAAGGAAAAUGACGAAAACAUUAAUCAUUCCUAUAGACGAGAGAGUGUACAUACAAACAAGAGAGUAAGCGCACAGCAAGAAAGAGCAAAUGGAAAAUCAAAUACCAAAGAAAGUACUGAUAUGAUGGAGAAUGUAGAGUCAGAUAUUGAAAAGGGUACUGAGUCAGACGGUGAUAGGGAGGAGGGCACAGAUUCAAACUGUAAUAGGAAAGAAAGUGCAGGAUCAAAGAGGGUGAAAAGCAUUGAGAAGGAAAGGAAAGGAAGUGCUGGAUCAAUUAAGAGUGGAAGUGUACAGACGAAUAGGAGAGACAGUGAACAAUCAAAUAGGAAAGAAAGUGCUGGGUCAAUUAAAAGUGGAAGUGUACAGUCGAAUAGGACAGACAGUGAACAAUCAAAAAUGGAAGGAAACUCUGGGUCAAAUAAGAGUGGAAGUGUACAGUCGAAUAGGACAGACAGUCAACAAUCAAAUAGGAAAGAAAGUGCUGAGUCAAAUAAGAGAGGAAGCGCACAGUCUAAUAGGGGAGACAGUCAACAAUCAAAUAGGAAAGAAAGCGCUGGGUCAAAUAAGAGUGGAAGUGUACAGUCGAAUAGGGCAGACAGACAACAAUCAAAUAGGGCAGAAAGCGCUGGGUCAAAUAAGAGUGGAAGUGUACAGUCGAAUAGGGAAGACAGUCAACAAUCGAAUAGGGAAGACAGUCAACAAUCAAAUAGGAAAGAAAGUGCUGGGUCAAAUAAAAGAGGAAGCGUACAGUCUAAUAGGGGAGACAGUCAACAAUCAAAUAGGAAAGAAAGUGCUGGGUCAAAUAAGAGAGGACGCGUACAGUCUGAUAGGGGAGACAGUCAACAAUCAAAUAGGAAAGAAAGUUUUGUAUCAAAAGGAGGAGAAAACGUUGAGUCGGAGAGAAAAGAAAGUGUUGGGUCAAAUAAGCGUGGAAGCAUACAGUAUCAUAUAAGAGACAGGAAACAAUCAAAUAGGAAAGAAAGUGUUGGGUCCAAUAGAGACAGUAAUUCGUCAAAUAGAGGGAAAAGUGCACAUUCAAAUAGGCGAGGAAGUCAACAAUCAACAAUGAGAGAAAGUCCACACUCAAAUACUAGUAGGAGAGGCAGUGCACAGUCAACUCAAAGAGAGAGUCAAACAUCUAAUCAAACGUUACCGAAUGAAGCAGAGAAUGUCAAUCGUGACCAAGAACAUUACGAUGAAUCUGAAAAUCAUAAUGUAAAGGUUAAGAAAAGAGAACCCAAUAACGACACCUUAGAUAAAGAAGAAAACAAUGAUCUAACUACAGAAGGUACGGAAGAAAACGAAAAACAAGCUGAAAGCAAAAUAGGGAAUAACAAAGCAGAAAGCGGUGAAUAUAAAAACGCAAAGCGCCAAACAAGUGUGAAAAUCGACGAAAGGGUGGAACAAAAUGGUAAUACAGCCGGCUUGCCACCGUUGUCCCCGUACCAGAAAAUAACAUCGCGGAAGAUAAGUCGCGAACCAAUUGUUUCUGCACAUGCAAUGCGCCUAAAACAACGUCAGUUCUUACUCGAAGACGCUAUAGAGGCUAACAACGUUGCUCUAAAGAUGGUAGGACAAGGAAUCAUUGACAAGUUAGACGUAGAAACGAUACGGGCAUUACGCGAUGAUCAUCAGAGAGUUCGUGAAUUAGUAAGUCUGGUGUCUUGGGGAGGAUCAAAGGCGUACGAUUUAUUCCUAGAAGCUUUAGAUGAAGCUGACUAUCCUAGGGUACGGCAAGUAUUAACAUCUGAUAAUGACAUGGAUAUUGAAACUUUGGCUGAACUUAACCAACAUAAAAAGAACGUCGAUCAGCUUGAUCUCCAAAUACCAAGUAUAAUCAUAGAUGAUGUAUCCACUGUAAAAGACAGCGAUUCCGAAGACAAUUUUGUAGACUGUGGUGUCUCUUCGAGAAAAGCUUCUCGUGGAUCUAGCGGAACCGAAGGAUCAAGCCGAAGAAGUGAAGUUUCGACUCCGAAAAGUAAACUUUCCGGUCGGAAAAGUAAAACUUAUCGUCAGAAUAAUCAUAAAAGUGAAGUAUCUAGUGAUAAACGUGGUAUUUCCGGUCAAAGUAGCUCUCGUGAUAAAAAUACAACAAACAGAAAGGCAUAUUAGAAUCCCUGACAGCCUAGGGUGUGUAUUUUUUUGUGGUAGUAUUAUUAUCGAGUCAUUUCUAUAAAUGUUAUUUAUUAUUUAAUAAAACAAGUCGCAAAAAUGAUGGAUACUGUUAUUAUCCCCAGAGUAUAUUUGUUACUAUCUCCACGGGCGCCUGUAACAUGGAAACUCUCUUUCAAGAAUAACAUUAAGCUGGGACUAAGAUUUAUGUCUAAAGGUCAAUUUAAACGAUCACACGACAUAUGUUCAAAAUCUUCAUCAAAUAUUUGUUUGAUGAUGUUCGCACUUUUCAAGGUCGCUAGAUACAACAUACAACAUUCUUUAACAUCUUCAAGGUUGCUUUUGAAUAUUUUAUGGAUUUUUGGACAUACAAUAUGACCCUGUUUAUGAAGAGCAACCGAUUAUGAAAGUCGAACCAUUGGCACUGUGGACAUGUUGCUGCAUGCGUGCUGACAUUUUGAUGGAUUGUCAAUGUGACCCAGUUUACCAUGUGACCAAGAACUGUUCUCUGAUUCUUUCCAGACGUAAAACAUCAUACAACAAGUUCAAAAUAAAUGUGCAUUCUCAAACAUCCUUGAACAUGUUCUCAAAUGUUUGACCAUGUUCGCAUUCCCAUCUACACCAUAAAACAUUACCCUUAAAACAUCAU